GGCCCAGCCCCGGGUCCUCGCCGUCGGCGUGAAACCGGCCGGCUUUACGCGGCCGACCCCCGGGGAGGAAAGCUGCUUCUCAAGCAGGGAGAGGAAACCGCGCACAAAAGCGGCGCGACUCGGGCCUUAUCAGCGUCUAAGAGGAAGGGUGGAGAAGGGGGAAACCGAAACAGGCCAGACACCAGGGAUCCCGCCCGAGAGGCUUUUAAACUACGUUUCCACCACCUCUUCGCACGGGGCCGCGGCUAAUGGAACCCGCGCGAGGCGUCCCUCCAAUCGCCGCCGCGCUUCCUCCCGCCGCGGGCCAAUGGCGGCGCGCGUUCUUGGGGCGUGGGCGAAGCAGGCUGCCGUCCCUUGCCUGUAGUGUGUGGGCUGGGGUUGGUGCGGGCUCCUGGCUUGGCCCCCCAGCUGGUAGGCGCUAGUGCUUUGGGGGCUUUGUGUCCGGCUUCUGCUUGGCUUUGUGUGUGCGAGUUUCUGCUUCGCUCCGCGGCGCUCCUCCCGGGCGGGAGCCCUGAGGCUCGCGGGCGGCGCGCGGCCCCCCCGGGCAAGGAGCGAGCGCGCCGGCGUGAGCGGCGGGUGUGAGGGCUGCGGGGAGGGGGAUUCGCCGCCGAGAUGCCGGAGUUCCUGGAGGACCCCUCGGUCCUGACGAAGGAGAAGUUGAAGAGUGAGUUGGUCGCCAACAAUGUGAUGCUCCCGGCCGGGGAGCAGCGCAAAGACGUGUACGUGCAGCUCUACCUGCAGCACCUCACGGCGCGCAACCGGCCGCCGCUCGCCGCCGGCGCCAACAGCAAGGGUCCCCCGGACUUCUCCAGCGACGAGGAGCGGGAGCCUACCCCGGUCCUCGGCCCCGGCGCCGCCGUCGCGGGCCGCAGCCGGGCCUCCGUCGGCAGGAAAGCCACAAAGAAAACUGAUAAACCCAGACUAGAAGAUAAAGAUGAUGUAGAUGUAGCAGAGCUCACUAAUGAAGACCUUCUGGAUCAGCUGGUGAAAUAUGGAGUGAAUCCUGGUCCUAUUGUGGGAACAACCAGGAAGCUAUAUGAGAAAAAGUUGUUGAAACUGAGGGAACAAGGAACAGACUCAAGAUCGUCUACUCCUUUGCCAUCUAUUUCUUCUUCAGCAGAAAAUACAAGACAGAAUGGAAGUAAUGAUUCUGACAGAUACAGUGACAAUGAAGAAGACUCUAAAAUAGAGCUCAAGCUUGAGAAGAGAGAACCACUAAAGGGCAGAGCAAAGACUCCAGUUACACUCAAGCAAAGAAGAGUUGAGCACAAUCAGAGCUAUUCUCAAGCUGGAAUAACUGAGACUGAAUGGACAAGUGGAUCUUCAAAAGGCGGACUUCGGCAGGCAUUAACUAGGGAGUCCACGAGAGGGUCGAGAAGAACUCCGAGGAAAAGGGUGGAAACUUCAGAACAUUUUCGUAUAGAUGGUGCAAUAAUUUCAGAGAGUACUCCCAUAGCUGAAACUAUAAUGGCUUCAAGCAACGAAACCUUAGUUGUCAAUAGGGUGACUGGAAAUUUCAAGCAUGCAGCUCCUAUUCUGCCAAUCACUGAAUUCUCAGACAUAUCCAGAAGAACACCAAAGAAACCAUUGACAAGAGCUGAAGUGGGAGAAAAAACAGAAGAAAGAAGAGUAGAAAGGGAUAUUCUUAAGGAAAUGUUUCCCUUUGAAGCAUCUACACCAACAGGAAUUAGUGCUAGCUGCCGCAGACCGAUCAAAGGGGCUGCAGGCCGGCCGUUAGAAUUCAGUGAUUUCAGGAUGGACGAAUCUUUUUCAUCUAAAUACAUUCCUAAGUAUGUGCCCUUGGCAGAUGUCAAGUCAGAAAAGACAAAAAAGGGACGCUCCGUUCCCAUGUGGAUAAAAAUUCUGCUGUUUGUUGUUGUAGCCAUUUUUUUGUUUUUGGUCUAUCAAGCAAUGGAAACCAACCAAGUAAAUCCAUUCAGUAAUUUUCUUAAUGUCUCUGGAAAAUCCAACUGAACUAUAUCUCUUUGGCACAUUCAACUUGGUCUCCUAUUUUUUUUAAUAACUGUAUAAAAAAAUUUGUGUAUACUCAUUAACUCAAGAACAAAAAAUAAUGUGAUUUCCCCUCAGUAAAUGUAGUAUUCCAUUGAAAAGCAAACACGACGCAUAAAUGGCUUCAUUUAAAUGUUUUGGACUUUAGACUAGUAGGAGAUCACUUUGUGCCAUAUGAAUAAUGUUUUUUAGCUAUGGAACUUUUUUGUAGGCUUUAUUUUUUUAAUGUGGACAUCUUCAUUUUUGAGAAAAAUGUACAUUGUUUCUGUGUAUUUGGGAAACGAGAAGUGCAAAUCAUGGUAGUAUAAUGUGAAGCUACACAUUUAAAUACUUUAAAUCUUACAGAAAAGAUUUAUUCUCUGCUGAAUAAAAACUUUAGAGAUAUGUGAAACAUGAAAUUCAGUAAGAGAAAAGGUAACUUGGGGUUGUACUUUUUGUAAUUGCAACAGUUUGAUGGUGUUUAUGGGGGAAAGUACAGCAAUAAUCUCUUCUGUAAUUUUUAUUAAUAGUAAUGUUGUUGUAGCCCUAUUGUACUCAUUUUUUAAAAGAUUUCUAGUAUCAUGAAAUUUCCUACUUCAGUAAGACCCAUUUAAAUACACUUGAUUUUUAGCAGGGAUCUUUGUGCAACAUAUACAUAUGUGUUAGAGAACUGUUAGGUGACUGUAUGUGUUUUUAAAAGCUGGAGCUUUUAAAAUUAUUGGAAUUUUUGGCAAUUAUUGGCAAUUAUUGGAAACUUACACUUUUUAUUUACAACAAAACAUUUAUUCUGUCAAUCCAGUUUGCUACCAAAUACCUUUAAAUAAUAUGUGUGUGCGUCUGUUUAGAAGUUAGAAACUUUAGACAUUGGUCUUAGGUUCCAUUUGGAUUUGUUAUUGCUUUGUCUUCUGUUACCAAAAACAAAUUUUGCCGUUUUUUUCCCCUGUAUUUCUGAACAUAAUUUGAUUUGAAAGUGCAAGAAAUAUUUGCUUUUUAAAUUACAUAGUAAACUUUUCUUGGAUACACAAUAGUUAAUACAUAAAUUUAUAAACUCAAAAUUUGAGAUGGGCAUUAUGAUUUUUGUGUACUCCUGAAAUGGUUGCUUUAUUUUAUUUUUUUAGCUAAAACUUACCUCGUGCAUAUCUAAGUUAAGUAAAGUACUAGGUAAUUGAAAUUUCAGUAGAAUCAAGUGAAACAAAAAUUUUAAACUUACUCAUUUGAGUUUCAACUUUACCAUCAUUGACCAUAAAGCACACUAAAGAUGUAAGUUAUUUUUAAAUAUCAUCUGAAAUAAAAAGGUUUAAUAAAGGAACAAGCUGAAGAUGUAUAUUUACACCAGCACACAAUUUUAAUUUGUAUUAGCCCUUUCUGAUAUUUAGCUUUUAGAUAUUUUCACUUUGUAAUUGGCCAGAAACAUCUGUAGAUUUGUUCCCACAGGGGAAGUGGGAAACUUAACUCUGAGAUCAGAAAUGCUUGCCUCUCUGAGUAAAAGUCUUUCUUUGAGAUGAGCCACAGAGGGGGCACAUUUUACUCAACCUUUCUGCUGUAUAGUAAUAGCCUACUUCUACUUUCUUUUUCUCUAACCUUGUCUCCCAUAUUAUUUUCAAUCUUGUUUAUAAUUAGAAAUUGUGACAAACUGCAUUUAAUGUUUAAAAAUGUGGGAAGAUAAAUCAGACUUAAUGUAUAUGUAAGAUCAAUUUUCUAAUAGGAAAGCUAUGGUCCUAAAUAGCAAAAGUAGGACCAGGUAAAACAUCUAGACUUUUUUUUAAUAUGUACUUGGUCUUUUGUCUGUGUCUGUUUUAUUCCACUAGAAUAAAUGUGUCCUUGAUGUAAAUGCAAAGCAUUUCUUCCUGAUUAAAAUGUAGAUGUAGACUUUACAAUAUAAUUCAAUAAUAAAAAAGUAAUUAACCUCUAGUUUUGUCAUUGUAAUAAAUGCUUUUCAGAUAGCCCAAACCGAAAUUUCCUGAUAACGUUUCUUAUGUGGUAUUUAUGGAUUGUUGAGUUUCCGUUCUCAUUGAAGUUUGUUUCAUGUUUUGCUUCUAUUUGUAGUACUCUGGUCCUUGUUUGCUCCUUGGUAAGCAAUGUACAGCCGUUAUACUCACAGAAUGACAUGGGGAAACUCUGAGACACCUCUCCCACUCUCUUACCAGGUAGUAACUAGUACUUGUCAGUCUCCAUUUCCCUUUUUUCACCACUUUCACUGUGUUAGUACUUAACCUGUGGCACUCAUGAUUGUUAGUCUUCCUUUGAGACUAAGCAAAGAUGUUACUGUAAUAUAUUCAUCAUGGAGUUGUAUUCACAAGAUGAAAGUGCCUUUAUCUCCAUCAUUUAUGUAUCCCCCAAGGGUGAUUUAAUUUAAAUUAGUGAUUCUCAAAGUAAUAUAUACACUGUAAUUAAUCAGAAAGCAAAUAGCAUCAGAGGCUUAAAAUAAUACAGUGUACUUUAUUGUAUGUGCUAGAUAUGUUCUAUGCACUUGAUAUGUAUUGACUCAAUCCUCAAGAUGAUCCUAUGCAGUUGGUGUUUUCUUAUCCUAUCAUUACAAAUGAGAAAAUUGAUGCUAAGAGAGGUUAAGAAACUUGUCCAGGUUUGUACAGCUGGCUAAUGAUGGUUCUGUUUGCAUAUGAUAUGGCAGAGAGAACCUAAAAGACCAGCAGUGUAUACAUAGUGUCACCUGUCCUGUUCAUUCUUGCUCCUUCUACAACUUUGAGGAUACCUCAAGUUCCAAACCUCUUUAGGAUUUCUCUUAAUAUUCACUUCUGGUUGUACCCUUUCUUUACCUUGUUACUUCAUUUUCUAUUUUUUUAUCUGUUUUCCAUCUUCAUAGAGUUUUUUGAAAUGUAUUGUCUUUUGAUGUAUCUCUCUCCCAUUCUGUCAUUGUGUUAAGCAUUUUAAAAUCCUUUUAAUACAGUCUCAAGAGGAAGAGGUUAUAAUGUUGCCAGUCUUUCACUUUGAAUUAGUAGUUACUGAGAGCUUUUCAGAGGUCACGUACCAUCUUGCCACUAAGAUCUGAGAACGAAGUAGAGGAGAAGACACAGAAUUUGAGUGUAGGGGGUCUUAAAACAUAUUAUGUUCUGAUAUACAUCAUUAGUUUGAUAUUUAUGCUAUGUAUUUGUGGUACUUUGAAAUUGAUGGCUUAUAAAAUUUUACCACCCACUUUAUUUAUUUGAUGCCUCUGUGCCAGGUAUAAUUUUCAGCAGAGUGUAUGGAUGCAGUUUUAGAAAUAUCUUUGAACUUGUAUUUGGUAUUGUUUUAGGAAAAUUGUUUUUCAGUUUUUUGACCAUUCCAUUAACUUGCAGCACUGCAGAUUUAUUAGCAGUUUACAUGUUACUAUUAAUUGUUCUUUGGUUGUGAGAAGUCAGUAAUGUUUAACCAUUGUAAGUCAAAGAACCAAAGAUCUGUCAGCUUGUUUGAAAUAAAGCAAAGCUGAUUAUGAAAA